AUGAAGACAAUGCUACGAUCCAAAAGCCUCGCCCCAGUGGCCAGGCUUCACAGCAGCCGCACCAUCUCAUCCAGCUCUUCACCAAGCAGCUCAUCUCGAGCAGCAGCACUCGCCAAAGCAGCCCAAGCUUCCGCCACCGCUUCCGAAAGAUUAUCCGCCCGAGGACCUUCAACGAUGGGCCCUUCCUACAACUCUCGCCAGAAGGCCACCUCAUUCGACGCUCCCCAUCGCCUCCUCUCCGAACACGACGAGGCAAGCGCACAGUACAACCUCAGCUCUUCCCAAACACGUCGUUCCAGAGCAGCUCGUUUCGGCACUAGUCGACAUGCCACUUACGCCUCCCCACUCCUCCAGACCGCAGCAUCCGAUCAAACGCAUCGUACCGCAGAGGAGAAUGAACUGGAGGACGAAGAGCAACUCGCCCUAGCCUACGCCUCUCCCACCGGCACAUCCACCUCCUCCAUCUACCUACCCGAAUACGUCGCAUGGGCAAUCUCACAACUCAUCGCAGCCGCAAACGAUCCAAAACUCGUUCGUGCAGAUCAUCUUAAACUAGCCCAUCUCACCGAUCCACAGCAACACAUGGCUGAAGCUGCCCACAUUCCACCCAAACGUUCGUCGUUGCUACAUCUUGCGACCGUUUCCCCGCAUCGAUAUGCUGCCAUCUUGGCUGUGCUUUCCGAGGUGCGUCAGCGGUUGUACACCACGAGUCCCGUGGAGGGCAGUGAGGGAAUCCGAAUGGAAGAGGCUUUACCGAGUUGGACACCGGAUACAGUGUUAGACUUUGAUUGUGCUGCUGGGGAAGGGCUUUGGGCUGCAGCACAGGUCUUUCGUCAAGGUGGUGCAGGUAGUACGUCAGUUAAGCAUUAUCAUGGAUAUGAUAGGAGACCGAAUCUGUUGAAGAGUGGCAAGAAGGUUGCGCAGAGUUCUGCGUCCAACGUUUCCCCCACUGGCCCUAAAAAGCCGGAAAGGGAGAUGAAACUGAAGGAUGAGGGCGAGCAAAUUCAAGUCGAUGGAGUGACGUACUAUGAGCAAGGUGCUGCAGUAGAACAAGACCUCGAAGAAAAGCAAGCAGAAGAGGUGGAAGAGGAAUAUUUCUCAGGACCAAAAUCAGCCAUGGCUUUAGUCGAAAAGACUUUCCAAUCCGUCCCACUCGCCAAAGACCUCGCUUCUGCCGGCUCAGCAGGUCGUUCACUUGCAAUAUCCGCCUUUGCCCUCAGCCUGAUGACUAACGACAGUAACCGGGUUGAAGCCGUCCAAGCAAUGUGGAACUCUGGUGCCCAAGUCAUCGUCAUCAUCGACCGAUCCACCCCUCGAGGCUUUGCCAGUGUUGCUUCCGCACGAGCACAGCUCCUCCAACUCGGCAAACAGACUCAAGCUGGAGCACACGUGGUUGCGCCAUGUUCGCACGAUAAACCCUGCCCACUCUUGCAUCCUUUUGCGAUCAACUCGAGCGUGGCAGCAGCAGUAGGUGUUAGAUCAGACACAGGUAAUCCUGCCAAGAGUAAGGAUGUGUGCAGCUUCACCGCCAGAUAUCACACUCCGACGUUUUUGAGAAAGACGAAAGAUUCGGAUAGGGGAGAGGAGAAUGUCGGCUAUAGCUAUGUUGUGGUCAGACGUGGAGUUAGGCCGAGUUUGGUUGGGGAGGCGCAGCGGAGGUUAGCGUCGGGGGAGAAAGCGGUUCAAGGGGAUUUGGUAGGGAUGGUGGAGCAGUUGGCUGUGCAAGCGGGCAGGACCAAGACUGGGAUUUUGGAUUUGAUUAGGAGUCCGAACAAAGCUACUGGUGAGUGGAGAACGCUUGAGGAAGUUGGUGAUAGUGCUGCAACGCUAGAAGACGCUGAUGGAGAGAGAGGGGAAGGAGAGAUGUCGGACGAACAAGCAAUGGAUCAACUCCUCAAGCUUCUUCCUGACGCACUCAAGGCUGAAAUGCAAACUUCCACCUCGCCAGACGAACAAGCGCAGCAAUUGACACCAGAACAAUUGGAUUCGAUCAUGGCUUCUUUACGCUCCUCCUCCGCCACCACCACCUCCACCUCCUCUUCCGCUGCUCCUACUUCCAGCACCUCCGACUUGCAGACGGUUUCGGAAGACGGAAAGGGGACGAUCAUAGAUCCCGCUCCUACGGCGCAAAGCGAGCUUGCCAUGAGGCUAGAAUCGUAUUCCUGGCCCCGGCUUAUCAAAGCGCCGCUGAAGAAGGGAGGACAUGUGACACUCGACGCUUGCUGCGCCUCGGGGAACAUUGAAAGGUUUACGAUCAGUAAGGCGUCAGGAAAACAGGCUUAUCAGGAUGCAAGAAAGAGUAAGUGGGGUGAUUUGUUUCCUCAUCCACCGAGGAGUAGGAGUGUGGUUAAGGUGUUGAACCCAUUGACUGCGCUGGAGUAUCAGCAGGAAACCGAGGCUGAUGCUGAGGUCGAGCUGGAUGGCCUUCCACUGGAGGAGGUGGAUCUAAUGGAUAGAUUGACUCUCCGAGCACCAUCGAAACUCAACUCGGCUACAACCUCGAAAGCAAACAAAGGAAUCCAAAUCCUCGGAUUGGAAGGAGAAGACGCCGAUUCAAUCCUCGCUGAACUCUUCUCCGACCUGCCUCCCUCCUCCUCCUCCCCGACUACCUCCUCAAAGGGAGCGAAUUUGGACCGGGGCAUAGCAUCCUACCGCCUCAUCUCUCCCAACCUUGUCACCCCGACCAAAAAACAGGAGAAGAGACUACACAUUAACUACGCUAAAAAAUGGGACCCCAACUCUGCUCCCACCCCGUCUAGCCGUGCUGCUGCUGCUCGGCUGGCUAACAGCAACACUAACCUUAGUACUCGACCAACUCUACAGGCAAGUGGUGGGGAAACGGCGGCAGAGCUCGGAGAAGACGAUGCAGAGGCCGGCUUCCAGAGCAGUUUGCAGUCCCUACCGCCUUCAGGCGCAAAGAUGAGGAGGAGUAGUAGGAAGAAAAGUCGUGGCGAUUGGGAUUUUGAGUUGUUUGGUCACUCAACCCUGUGA